CUCUUCAAGUCUCGACGUUGACCACGGACACGAACUUCUAACGCCGACCUCCGUUCCACGACGGCGACGGCGACGGCGACGGCGCCGAUGGCUUCCCUCUUCUCGCUCUCCCUCGCUCUCCUCUCCGUCUCCUUCCUCACCACCGCCGUCGACGAUUCUCAGUUCACCUUCCACGAGGCCACCGUCGAAUCCAUCCACCUCGCCUUCGCGCAGAACAGGCUCACCUCCCGCCAGCUCGUCGACUUCUACCUGGACCGAAUCCAAACCCUGAACCCCUCCCUCCGCUGCGUCCUGGAGGUCAACCCCGACGCCCUCGAUCAGGCCAACGAGGCCGAUCGGCUGCGGGCGGAGGCUGGCGGCAACGGGACCCUGGGGGCUCUGCACGGGAUCCCCGUCCUGCUCAAGGACAGCAUCGGGACCGACGACAAGAUGAACACCAGCGCCGGAUCGUACGCGCUGCUGGGGGCUCGCGUCGCGAGGGACGCGUUCGUGGUGGAGAGGCUGAGGAGCGCCGGGGCUGUGAUCUUGGGCAAGGCGAGUAUGAGCGAGUGGUACUCGAUCCGGUCCUCGAAGAUGCCCAGUAGCUGGUGCGCUCGAGCUGGACUGGGCUUGAAUCCUUAUGUGAAGUCGGGCGACCCAUGUGGCUCCAGCAGUGGCUCAGCAAUAGCAGUGGCUGCAAACAUGGUUGCUGUGUCAUUAGGGACUGAAACUGAUGGUUCCAUCAUCUGCCCAGCUGAUCAUAAUUCGGUUGUCGGUUUCAAGCCCACUGUUGGACUCACAAGUCGGGCAGGCGUUAUUCCACUUUCACCACGCCAAGACUCAAUUGGGCCCAUAAGCAGAACUGUGUCGGAUGCAAUCCAUGUACUUGAUGCUAUAGUCGGAUUUGAUCCAAGGGAUGAAGCUACAGUGGAAGCAGCCAAAUUCAUACCAACGGGCGGUUACAAGCAGUUUCUUAGGGAAGACGGUCUUAAGGGAAAAAGAUUGGGCAUAGUAAGAAAUCCUUUUUUGGACUCUUUUAAAGGAUCCACUGCUGCUUCGACUUUUGAUGAACAUCUCGUAACUUUCUGGAACAAUGGUGCAACUAUAGUGGAUAAUUUGGAGAUAGAAAACAUUGGCAUCAUCCUGAAUCCAUAUCAGAGUGGUGAAAUGGCUCUACUGCUAGCUGAGUUCAAGCAUACUCUAAAUGAAUACUUAGGAGGAUUGAGCAACUGCCGCGUGAAGUCGCUAGCAGAAGUUAUCGCCUUCAACUCCAACAAUCCAGAUUUGGAGAAGAUGGAAGAGUAUAAUCAGGAUGGGUUAAUUGCAGCACAGAUGACAAACAUACUUGAUGAGGAAGUUGUCAAGGCAGAACAUACGAUGAAAAAGUUGUCAGAAGAGGGAUUUGAAAAACUAAUGAAGGAAAACGAGUUGGAUGCCAUGGUGACACUAGGUGCAGGUGCUGCCACAAUUCUGGCAAUUAAAGGCUAUCCAGCGCUUACUGUUCCCGCUGGAUAUGACGACAAUGGAAUGCCAUAUGGGAUAUGCUUUGGGGGAUUGAAGGGAUCGGAAGCCAAGUUGAUUGAGAUUGCCUUCUCUUUUGAGCAAGCCACGGGGAUUCGUAAACCUCCUCUUUCAUUUUCUUCUGAAUUUCACUAUCAGUAUUAUGAGUAAAGCAAUUGUACCAUGUGGAUACAUGAGUUUUCCACUUCAUUUCCGAUGACAAUGAGUCAAAAAUGUGAGACUAGGUAAGAUGUCUCUAACUAGUUAAGAGAUACGAGGUUUGUAUUAUCUACUAUCUGGUCUGUCUGUUCCUUAGAGCUUUGUCUGUAACAUCUGUUUCUUCAGGAUAUUUGACAAAUAACUACUGCAAUGUAAAUAAGCUCUAGUUAGUUGAUUUGCUAAUCA